UCACCAGCCUUUUCUAGCUCCGUGAUGGUCCUGCAGGUCUCUGAGGCUUCCUGGACAACAGCUCUAAUGGUGUUACUGAUGGUACUGUUCAACCCUGUGGUCCAGGGUAUGGCCACUCCAGAGAACUACGUCUACCAGGCACGGCAGGACUGCUACUUCGUCAACGGGACGCAUCGGUUCGUGGAGAGAUACGUCUACAACCGGGAGGAGUAUGUGCGCUUCGACAGCGACGUGGGGGAGUACCGCGCGGUGACCGAGCUGGGGCGGCCGGAAGCCGAGUACUGGAACAGCCAGGAGGACGCCCUGGAGCAGGAGCGGGCCAAGGUGGACACCUGCAGACACAACUACGAGACCAUCGAGCGCUUCACGGUGCAGCGCCGAGUCCAGCCUAAAGUACAAGUAUCACCCUUCAAGAAGGGGACUCUGCAGCACCACAACCUGCUUGUCUGCCACGUGACAGAUUUCUACCCAGGCAACAUUAAAGUCCGAUGGUUCCUGAAUGGACAGGAGGAAAUAACUGGGGUUGUUUCCACCAACCUGAUCCGAAAUGGAGACUGGACCUUCCAGAUCCUGGUGAUGCUGGAGAUGAUCCCCAAGCAGGGAGAUGUCUACACUUGCCACGUGGAGCACACCAGCCUAAACAGUCCUGUCACUGUGGAGUGGAAGGCACAGUCUGAUUCUGCCCGGAACAAGACACUGACUGGGGUAGGGGGCUUCGUGCUGGGGCUCAUCUUCCUUGCAGUGGGCGUCGUCAUGCACAUGAGAAGCAAGAAAGGUAAGAAAGCCUGCGAGGUGACUGGUUCUUGCCUUUUCCUGGCUUGCUCAUCUGCAUGA